CUCUCUCAUUCGCUUUCACGCCUCAUUAAGUAUUGCUUCAGGCAACAUGACUCGCUAGGCCUGAAUGGGUGACGGUCCUAACUUUCAGGGAUGUGGAACCUUGUGGAACACAGGCAUCAGAGGUGUGGGUGCACGGACCAUCUUUCGAUCACUCUCGGAGGUCUCAUUUGUCGCUCUUUUCUUCAUUCACUGCACUCGGCAUUGUUCGCGUGUUGGCAGGUCAUUGGAGCGUGUACUACACUUUUUAGACGUCAAAGCUUUCGACCUCCAAAUAGGGAGCGUUCGUUCGACUUCUUCAGUGUUAUCACAAUCGCAACGAUUGCGUCCUACUAAUACAAACGAGUUCUAAUCCCUCACCAACCAUGAUCACUGCGCACGCGGCAACUGCCAGUGCAAUGGAAAACCACGACCCCACUAGUUACGCCUCUCUGGAUUCGAUCCUCAGCCCCUUCUACGGCCACCUCGAUCUAUCAUUUAUUCAAGGAGUUGGUUCCAAACGGCAAUGACAAAGAUCCCCCCUGCGAUGGAUGUGAUGGAGAGACCCUCAGGAUCAAUGGAGAGCGAGUCUUACAGCAGUUCGACACGAACAUUAUACAACAAUUCACAAUUGACGAAUUUCGCGUGAAAAUGGCUAGUCUCAGAUGCCACAAGGUUGAAAUCCUUCAGCCAGCAAAUUCGUGGGUCGUGCUUUUAUGCCUGUGUUGACACCACAGUCAACGGUGACGGCGCACAGAACUUCCUUUGAACGCAGUCACAUCGUUCCAGUAGCCGAAUUUUUCAGACGAUACGUAUUUUGCGAGGAAAAAGGAUUUUCGUCGAGUGAUUUUGGGUACAAGAAGUCAACUUGGCCAUAUGGCACGGGCGAGCUAUUCACCUUUUAUUACCAUCCGCUCGAACCUGCUGCCGAAACCAAGCCUCUGGCGUCUGUCCUUGUCCUGCCCCGGGGACAAGUGUGCUGGAACGAUUUUCAACGCCUUUUCCGCAAUGAGAGCGAUAAAUGGUUUAAAUGUCGUAAAAACCUGCCAUUGCUCGAACAUCUCGAUGAAUUCUGGCAUUCCGAGGCACGGCCUCCAUACCUUGCAUUGACAGACGAGUUCAAUGUAGAGAUCAUUCACGAGUACUCUCACGUAUUCUAUCCGACAUUUUCACUUCUCAGUAUCAGUGGUUGGUCUGCUCCCCUCAGUGACAAGUUGACCCUUCGCUGUGCGAUUGGGGCCACAUUAGACAAAGCCACUCCGGGGAAAUAUCGCUACUAUUCCGGAAUACCCUUUCACCCUGUGCAAGGCGCUCUCAAUCAUAUAGACCCUUCACUGCCGGCCUCACCGAUCGCCACGAACCAAUGCCCAACUUGUUUCCUCGAUUUUGACCUUUUCACCAUGCAACGGCAUCCACCAGACUUCGACUCCUUCUUUGAUUGGAAAGAAUCAAUUGAGGACGAGGUGCUCUCGCAACCGCUGAGGGUAGGUGAUGAACUUACCAUCUGCCUGGAUGGUUUUAUCAAAAGGUCACCCUUGCUGCCUUUCUUUCUACCCCUCGAAAAACCGUCCACUUCGACCCUUGAAGCGAUCAUGAAGCGUCCUCGAUCUCGGCACGUGGACGUUGAUCACAUCCUGACACAGACAAGGAACAGUGGAACACUUCACCUCUUUGUCACUAAGGUCGUCAGAUAUGGGCUCAACAAAUUUUCACAAGUAGUUUUUGGUCGUUUAAGGUGGACGUCUGUAGAUGGAAAAGAGACUUCGGAAACCGAGAAUACGGUAUGCCUGAAGAUGUUUGAUGAAGCCCUAUUUCCGGUGCCUGGCUACGAAGCGUUCGAGGAUGAUCGCGAUAUCUUUUCCAACACUAUACAUCCCAAUGAACGCCUCCUUGAUCUCAAUUUCGGUGAUGACAUGAUGCGUCGGGAAUACGCUGUUUACAACAGGCUCGAAUAUUUGCAGGGCACACUGUUACCACAUGCCUAUGGAUUUCACGAGGUGACCCUCCCCACUGGAAGAAUGGUCAAUGGAUUCUUAAUGGAGAUUGCGAUCGGACAUUCUCUAGGAUCACUUCCUUUAGAGACAUGGCCAGAGAGUGCCCAGACGCAACUGGUUCGCCGUUUGCGUCAUGGACUUUCUGCGCUGCGUUAUGGCGGAGUUGAUCAAGGUGAUUGGCACCUUGACCAAAUAAUACUCCGGCCGCUCUGGCCAGCAGAGGCGCCUGAGGACGUAUUUGACCUCGACAUUGUGUUCAUUGAUUUUGCCUUCACGUACUUGCGUCAAGGAAUCGCACGAGGCCUUCGAGUAGCUGAAACAUUCUCUCUGGGAGAUCAUCUCAAACUUUCGUUAUUGCUUUCCGAGGCAAUCCCGCGUUCUGUUGUGAAUGACAACUGGCCUGAUUACGAUGAUUUCGAGCGCUGAUCUUUAUUGUGGACCUAUACGUUAUGAGUCAUAUAUUUUUCAAUCCAAUCUGCGUUCGAUCGGACUGAUUGUUUCUGCCUGAUCAUUUUUCUGUAUUCUCAUUCCGAGAUAGACUGAGCCCAGGAGAUCAGAGGAUCGUCUUCUCCGCCUCAAUUAUUUGACCUUCUCAUGUUUAUUGCGACUGUGCCGCUCAUCUACCCCUCUAGUUCUACGAUGGUAACGGUCGAUAUCUUCAGACCUCUUCACCGCCGUACCAAAUUUACGAGCCCCGACAAGAUUGUACCAUCUGGUUAGGUGCACCUAACGUUCAAUCUCGCGGCCGAACGAGCACCUUGCAAGCAACGAAUGAUUUCCGGCACUCCGAUGAUCAAGGUUUACUACGUUGGAGAAAGAUGAUCUCAGAGGUGGUGAAGGUUGUCAAGGUUGCUCUGGGCCCCCGGGCUGCCGAACACUGCAGUGCCGAACAAACAAGACGUAGUCGCAGAAGGUUUGAGGUCCAUUCAAGCUGCGUACCAAGUUCCAGCAAAUUUCACUGCCAGCUCGGUGGUCAUUCCCGGAAAUUCCAAUUUUACCACCAGAUACUUGGUAGGCUGAGUCCAAAUCCAAGACUGGCUCGAAGCUGUGUCGUCUGGCUUGAAAGGAAUUUCGAAGAUGGCUCGGAUAGUUACGGUGACGUACAUGAUCCACUGGGAGGCUAAGUGGGGUUUCAGGAGGG